UACGGCUUUAUUGACUGUGAAACAGAAAAAGAGGCGGAGCUCGCUCUGGAAAGAAUUAAUGAGUACUCUAGAACUACGGGGAGAAAGCUGUCUGUGAAAUUUGCAUUUGAAAAUGAAAAAGAUAAACUAAACGUUUUCGUGCAGCAUUUACCGCGCUCAGAUUACACCACUGACGAUUUAAUGGAGCUUUUCAAACCGUUUGGGGUGAUAACCUCAGCAAAGCUGUUGGAUUCCAUGAAAGGACCUACUGGCAUUGGCUUCGUUCGUUUCUCAUCUCCCACCGAAGCUGAGAAAGCCAUUAAAAUGAUGAAUAAGAAAAAUCUAUGCCUGGGAGAAAAUACAAAGGCAGUCACGUGCAAGCUCGCGGAUAAGGCUGAUGCUCAACGUCGCAAUUUGACUACCUCGGAACUUACAAGGAACAAGUUCCCCUUCAAUCAAGGGCAAAAUCAAGCAGCCACCGGUGUUAUUCCUCAGCCGUUGCAUGCCAGCACUUUGCCAGCGGGGCACAUUGCUGCUUUGGCGCAAUCAGGUUCUCUACCAGCUCAUGUUCUCCCAUCAUUACCAGCAUUCUCGUUCGAAGUUCCAGGAUUUGCGAGCCAUUCGGUUGCGCCGUCUACAAUGAAUUCUGGGGCUCUGAAAACUCUCCCUACGGCAGUUCCGUCCAACCGUUUUCCUAAUACUGGCGCGCCUUCGGUCAUGUUCCACACCGGAAAUCCCCUAUCCACCCCUGGGGCCCAGUCUGACUCGCAGCUUAAUCCUCUGCCCCCUAACGUCCAUUACGCUCUCUCGUAUGGCCAACAACCUCAACAAACGAUUGCCCCGGGUGGUACCACGACUAUGAGUCCACAAUUAGUUUGGCUUGCACCAACCUAUCCCAAUUCCGCUACAUCCUCAAUGUUUCAAAAUUACGGUCUCACUCCAGCCCCUUUUCAUUCAUCGACGUUAGACCAAACCAAGGUGACUCACGAAUCACAACGUUCUACACCAGGCCUUUCUUCGCAUGCCAACUAUCCCAUCGAUCGAACAUCCAUACCAACGGGUGCAACAAACACACUGACAACCAUGUUCCAAAAUUUAACUGUCAAUGGGCCGCUCGAAACUUCACGUUUCUCCGCAGAUAGUAUGGUUUCUAAUGAGCAAUCGCGCACUUGGUCUUAUCCCAAAAACCCAAAAACCUCAGUCGAUGAAUCAAUAUCGAAUAAUGAUCAGAGAAGUGCCAUAAAGCAGAGUAUUCCUGUUUCCCACGCAUUCGAGAACUCGGACAGCGCUUUUGUUGAUCCGGUUGCUUGCGAUGCGUCUGAUUUCAUCGCAUCUUCCAUGCCCACUAGUCUUGCUUCGUUAAAUCACUCGAAACAUGGAGCCUGUUUUGGAGUUGUUAAUUCGUCCAGUGCAGAAAUCUUCCCUUCAGUCGAAACCAACACAACCAGCACAAACGAUUACGAAAUAUUUUCUGAGAAGACUACUUUUAAUUCAAGGAAUGGCGGAGGAGCUGUGCUGGACGUUAAUAAUUCAGCCCCGAAUGGUUUUCAGACUGAUCGGAUAAAAGGGAAUGAGGCUGAAGCCAUAGUUGAUCAAAAGGUGGGGUCGCAAAGCGAUUCCGAUUGUGUCGUAACCACACCUGUUUCCAAGCCGGAUGCUGAUUUGAUGGAGUCCUCUUUAGCUCUGUCCGCCACUACUUCUUGCAGUGUAAAGUCGUCCAGCUGA